AUGGAGAAGGAUUUUUUGAAACUACAAAAAGCUCACGAAGGGCAAGAGGCACUUCUGCAAAAGUUGCAGGAGCAGUUGAAAGCAGCCGAAGCCAAGCUGAAGAAACCAAGAUCACCAGGAGAACAGCGAGUGGUUGGUGCAAGUAAUGGACCGAUGUCAGACAUGGAACGACUGGAACUUUUUGAAAAACUAGAGAAAGCGGGGGGACGGAUUGUUGCUCUUGAAAAACAGUUGGCAGAUAACGUCAGAAAAUGGGCGAAGGAUAAAGCCGACCUACAGAUGAAACUAAACGAAAGUCAGGUCGCUCAGAGGACAGGAUACAAAAAUUCUUCCACUUCUGUAGAUAUUCUGGACUGGCAUAAUGGACCAAAGCCAAAUUCACCUUCAAGACAUUUGGGUCCGCGACGACCGUCACCUAAACUGGAUCCUUUGGAGAGAAGAUAGCAUUUAGAACUUAGACAGUCUUAGUGGAUGAUUUCAUGAUCAGAGGACACUGGGCUCCAGCUAGGCAACAAUUAUCCCGAACGCAUCGAUCCUUUCUCUCUAGUCAAGAUCUGAAUAUUAAUUUUCCUGACUAAACCAUGCAUUCUUUGUCGAGUAUUCCUCGAAAUUUGUUUUUAUGUCUGGAUAAUAAUCCCCGACUUGAUUUGAGGACUUUUCAAUUGAGUGUCGUAUAUCAAAAACCAAAGCAAGAAGAACUAUCAAUCAGAAUCAAAGAAACUAUCGCAAAGAGGAGCCAAUGAGUGCUUGAGGCAAAA